AGUUUGAUUUGUCCCGUGAUCUCCGGUGUCUGCGCGUGCGCGUGGUGGCUGGCUUGUCUGUCCGAGUGAAGAUGGCGGCCUCCACAGCUCAGCUCUGAAGUUGACUAGACGAGUUUCGAGUAGCCGAGAAGUCCAGCUAGGAAGAGGCUGCUCCGCAGCACCACCUGAAAUAGUUUCGAGUGUUGCUGGCUCGGUACGUUUCUUUUGUUGUGCAAGGCUUGGGAAACCUCGUCAGCGGCGUCCAGGUUGUAGCACAAAAUGAACAUAAUUAGGGAAAAUAAAGAUUUGGCCUGUUUUUAUACAACAAAGCAUUCUUGGAGAGGAAGAUAUAAACGUGUCUUUUCAGUUGGAACUCAUGCCAUCACAACAUAUAAUCCUAAUACAUUAGAAGUUACAAAUCAGUGGCCUUAUGGAGACAUUUGUAGCAUCAGCCCUGUUGGAAAAGGACAAGGAACAGAAUUCAGCCUCACAUUUCGUAAAGGAAGUGGGAAAAAGUCUGAAACACUUAAAUUUUCUACAGAACACAGAGCAGAACUUCUUACAGAAGCACUGCGAUUCAGAACUGAUUUUGCUGAAGGAAAAAUCACAGGAAGGAGAUACAACAGUUAUAAGCACCACUGGAGUGAUUCAAGACAACCUGUAAUUCUAGAAGUGACUCCGGGAGGUUUUGACCAAAUUAAUCCUACAACAAAUAAAAUCCUGUGUUCUUAUGACUAUAGAUAUAUUGAAGGAUUUGUUGAUCUGUCUGAUUAUCCAGGAGGCUUUUGUAUAAUUUAUGGAGGAUUUAGUAGACUACAUUUAUUUGCUUCUGAGCAAAGGGAAGACAUUAUUAAAAGUGCAAUAGAACAUGCUGGCAAUUACAUUGGCAUCUCCUUGAGAACUCGAAAGGAGCCUUUAGAAUUUGAACAGUAUUUGAGUCUUCGUUUUGGGAAAUACAGCAGUGAUGAAUAUAUUACAUCUUUAGCAGAAUUUGUGGUCCAAAAGAUAUCACCAAGGCAUGCGGAACCAGUGAAACGGAUAUUAGCCCUUACAGAAACAUGCCUAGUGGAACGUGACCCAGCUACAUACAAUAUUGCAACACUGAAACCUUUAGGAGAGGUAUUUGCGCUAGUAUGCGAUUCUGAAAAUCCACAGCUUUUUACCAUAGAAUUUAUCAAGGGACAAAUCCGAAAAUACUCUUCAACAGAGAGGGAUUCACUGUUAGCCAGUUUGCUGGAUGGAGUUAGAGCGUCUGGUAAUAGGGAUGUUUGUGUGAAAAUGACACCAACAGAAAAAGGGCAGCGAUGGGGCCUUUUGAGUAUGCCAGUAGACGAGGAAGUUGAAAGCCUUCAUCUAAGAUUUUUGGCAGCACCUCCAAAUGGCAAUUUUGCGGAUGCUGUCUUUAGGUUCAAUUCUAACAUUUCAUACAGUGGAGUUCUGCAUGCAGUGACACAAGAUGGUCUCUUUUCCGAAAACAAAGAGAAGCUAAUAAAUAAUGCUAUAACAGCAUUACUCUCCCAAGAAGGUGACAUUACUGCAUCUAUUGCAGAACUUGAAAGCCAGUUCCAAGCUGUUAGAAGAUUAGUUGCCUCCAAAGCUGGAUUUCUUGCUUUCACACAACUUCCAAAAUUUCGAGAGCGCCUGGGUGUCAAGGUAGUGAAGGCUCUUAAAAGGAACAAUGAUGGAGUUACCCAUGCUUCCAUUGACAUGCUUUGUGCCCUUAUGUGUCCUAUGCAUGAUGACUAUGACUUGAGGCAAGAACAGUUAAACAAGGCAUCCCUUCUUUCUUCAAAGAAGUUCUUGGAAAACUUGUUGGAGAAAUUUAAUUCACAUGUGGAAUAUGGAACAGGUGCCCUAGUUAUUAGUUCGCUUCUGGACUUCCUUACUUUUGCACUUUGUGCUCCGUAUAGUGAAACAACAGAAGGGCAGCAGUUUGAUAUGUUAUUAGAGAUGGUUGCAUCUAAUGGGAGAACCCUCUUCAAGCUCUUUCAGCACCCUUCCAUGGCCAUUGUGAAAGGAGCUGGACUGGUUAUGAAGGCAAUAAUAGAAGAGGGAGAUAAAGAAAUAGCAACUAAAAUGCAAGAACUUGCUCUCAGUGAAGGUGCUUUACCUCGCCACCUGCAUACCGCUAUGUUUACUACAAGCGCAGAUCAAAGGAUGCGUACCAAUAGGCAACUGAGUAGACAUCUAGUGGGUCUUUGGACAGCUGAAAAUGCAACUGCUUUGAACUUACUGAAGCGUAUCUUGCCAUCAGGUUUACUUGCUUACUUGGACAGUAAGGACCCUGUUCCAGACAAGGACUAUGACCGAAUGCAUAUUAGGGAUAACUUAAAAAUUGCAAAUGAUCAGUAUGGGAAGUUUAAUAAAGUGCCAGAAUGGCAACGACUUGCAGGAAAAGCUGCUAAAGAGGUUGAAAAAUUUGCUAAAGAGAAGGUGGAUUUGGUUUUGAUGCAUUGGCGAGACAAAAUGGGAAUAGCACAAAAAGAGAAUCUCAAUCAAAAGCCAGUAAUACUGAGGAAACGAAGGCAAAGGAUAAAAAUACAAGCCAACUGGGAUCUCUUUUAUUACCGAUUUAUCCAAGAUCACACUAGAUCCAAUUUGAUCUGGAAUUUCAAAACGAGGGAAGAAUUAAGAGAUUCCUUAGAGACUGAAAUGCGGGCAUUUCAGAUUGACAGAGAACUUGGCAGCACCACUGUCAUUUCCUGGAAUCAUCAUGAAUUUGAAGUGAAAUAUGAAUGCCUGUCAGAAGAAAUUAAAAUAGGGGAUUAUUAUUUGAGGUUGCUUUUAGAAGAAGAGGAAAGUCAGGAAAGUGAAGCAAUUAAAAAAUCAUAUGAAUUUUUCAAUGAGUUGUAUCAUCGUUUCCUGCUCACUCCUAAAAUAAAUAUGAAAUGUCUCUGCCUACAAGCCCUGGCUAUUGUAUAUGGAAGAUGCUAUGAGGAGAUAGGUGCAUUUGGUGAUACUAGAUACAUUGUAGGGAUGUUGGAAAGAUGCACUGACAGACUGGAACGGGACCGGCUGAUAAUAUUUCUUAACAAACUGAUUCUUAACAAGAAAAAUGUUAAAGAACUUAUGGAUUCAAAUGGUAUCAGAAUCCUUGUGGAUCUCCUUACUCUGGCCCAUCUUCAUACAAGCAGGGCAACAGUACCAUUCCAAAGCAAUGUUAUUGAAGCAGCACCAGAUAUGAAAAGAGAGAGUGAAAAAGAAUGGUAUUAUGGCAAUGCAGAGAAAGAGAGAAGAGGCCCAUAUAGCUUUAAUGAGAUGCAGGAAUUGUGGAUAAAAGGAAAACUGACUUCAAAAACACGCUGCUGGGCCCAAGGCAUGGAUGGAUGGCGACCAUUGCAAGUUAUUCCUCAGUUGAAAUGGUGUCUACUGGCCACUGGACAAGCUGUGCUAAAUGAGACAGAUCUGGCUACACUUAUUCUCAACAUGCUUGUCACAAUGUGUAGCUAUUUUCCCAGUAGAGAUCAGGAUAAUGCUAUUAUAAGACCUUUACCCAAGGUGAAGAGGCUUCUGUCAGACAACACUUGUCUUCCCCAUAUCAUUCAGCUUUUGCUGACUUUUGAUCCCAUUCUUGUUGAGAAAGUUGCCAUAUUACUCUUUCAUAUCAUGCAAGACAACCCACAGUUACCUCGUCUUUAUCUCAGUGGAAUAUUCUUCUUCAUUAUGAUGUACACUGGUUCCAAUGUACUCCCUGUGGCAAGGUUUUUGAAGUAUACACACUCAAAACAAGCUUUCAAAUCUGAAGAGGCAAAAGGUCAAGAUAUAGUUCAGAGAAGCAUUUUGGGACAUAUCCUCCCAGAGGCAAUGGUGUGUUAUUUGGAAAACUAUGAACCAGAAAAAUUUUCUGAAAUUUUUUUGGGUGAAUUUGAUACUCCAGAAGCCAUUUGGAGCAAUGAAAUGAGGCGCCUAAUGAUAGAGAAGAUAGCUGCACACCUUGCUGACUUCACCCCUCGUCUUCAAAGUAAUACAAGAGCACUUUACCAGUACUGCCCCAUACCAGUUAUCAGUUAUCCUCAACUGGAAAAUGAGUUGUUUUGCAAUAUUUAUUACCUCAAACAUCUUUGUGAUAAGCUUCGGUUUCCUGAUUGGCCAAUUAAAGAUCCUGUUAAACUCUUAAAAGAUACUCUAGAAACCUGGAAGAAGGAAGUUCAGAAGAAGGCACCUACAAUGUCCAUAGAUGAUGCUUAUGAAGUUCUGAAUCUGCCAAAGGGUCAAGGAUUACACGAUGAAAGUAAGAUCAGGAAAGCUUAUUUUAAACUGGCUCAGAAAUACCAUCCUGACAAGAAUCCAGAAGGUCGGGAUAUGUUUGAAAAAGUCAAUAAAGGUUAUGAGUUUCUCUGCACAAAGUCUUCUAAAAUUGUUGAUGGUCCAGAUCCUGAGAAUAUAAUUCUGAUUUUGAAAACUCAGAGUAUCCUCUUUAACAGACAUAGAGAAGAUUUGAAGCCAUAUAAGUAUGCGGGCUAUCCCAUGUUGAUUAAGACAAUCACGAUAGAAACUUCAGAUAACCUCUUGUUUUCCAAAGAGUCUCCUCUGUUGCCAGCUGCUGCUGAAUUAGCCUUCCACACAGUAAAUUGUUCAGCACUUAAUGCAGAAGAAUUAAGAAGAGAGAAUGGAAUAGAGGUUUUGCAAAAAGCUUUUAAUCGUUGUGUUGCAGUCUUGACACGUUCCAGUAAGCCAGAGGAUAUGUCAGUCCAGGUCUGUGGACACAUUAGUAAAUGCUACAGCGUGGCUGCUCAGUUUGAAGAUUGCAGAGAGAAAAUUACUGAAAUGCCCAAUAUUAUUAAGGACCUCUGCAGAGUGCUGUUUUAUGGCAAGAACAUUCCACGUGUGGCUUCAAUUGGAGUAGAAUGUGUCAGCUCAUUUGCUGUGGAUUAUUGGCUACAGACGCAUCUGUUCCAAGCUGGCGUUCUGUGGUAUUUAUUAGGCUACCUCUUUAACUAUGAUUAUACACUGGAAGAGAGUGGCAUUAAAAAGAGUGAAGACUCUAAUCAGCAGGAAGUAGCUAAUACUCUUGCCAAACUCAGUCUCCUUGCUUUGAGUCGGCUUGGUGGAUACCUUUCUGAAGAGCAAACUACACCUGAGAAUCCAGCAAUCAGAAAAAGUCUUGGAGUCCUGCUGACCCCUUACAUUACAAGGAAACUUGCUGUGGUCAGUCCUGCUGAGAUUCUGAAAAUGCUCAACAGCAACACAGAGAGCCCUUACCUGAUAUGGAAUAAUCGGACAAGAGUUGAACUCCUUGAAUUCUUGGAAUCUCAGCAGGAAAGCAUGAUUAAAACAGGUGAAUGUGACAAAAGCUAUGGAUCUGAAUUUGUCUUCAGUGAUCAUGCAAAAGAACUUAUUGUAGGGGAGAUUUUUGUUAGAGUUUAUAAUGAAGUUCCCACAUUCCAGUUAGAGCUUCCAAAAGCAUUUGCUGCCAGCCUUUUGGAUUUUAUAGGGUCACAAGCCCAGUAUCUUUAUACGUUAAUGGCCAUAACUCAGACAGGGAAAGUUGAGUCUAACCAACAUGGAGAGCGACUCAGAAGAGUUGAAAUGGCUCUGGAAGCUCUGAGAAACGUGAUAAAGCACAACCCAGGUUCAGAAUGUGUAUGCAUAGGUCACUUUAAGCUAUUAUUUUCCCUUCUACGUGUCCAUGGAGCUGGUCAGGUGCAACAGUUGGCUCUGGAGGUGGUGAACAUAGUGACAAGUAACCAAGAUUGUGUAAAUAAUAUUGCAGAAGCAAUGGUUCUUUCCAACUUACUAGCUCUCCUGCAUUCAUUACCUUCAAGUCGGCAGCUAGUUCUUGAAACUCUGUAUGCUUUGACAUCUAGUACCAAAAUAGUUAAAGAAGCUAUGCUAAAAGGUGCAUUAAUCUAUUUACUUGAUAUGUUCUGUAAUUCAACACAUCCACAAGUUCGAUCUCAGACAGCAGAGCUUUUUGCUAAAAUGACAACAGACAAGCUGGUUGGUCCAAAGGUUAGAAUUAUCCUAAUGAAAUUUCUACCUGGUGUCUUCAUGGAUGCUAUGAGAGAUAAUCCUGAAGCUGCUGUUCACAUUUUUGAAGGGACACAUGAAAAUCCAGAGUUAAUAUGGAAUGACAAUUCCAGAGAGAAAGUAUCUACGACCGUUCGUGAAAUGAUGCUGGAGCACUUUAAACUGCAGAGGGACAACCCUGAUAUCAACUGGAAGUUGCCUGAGGACUUUGCUGUAGUAUAUGGUGAAGCAGAGGGUGAACUUUCUGUAGGGGGUGUCUUCCUAAGAAUCUUUAUUGACCAGCCGGCCUGGGUCCUACGGAAACCUAGAGAAUUUCUCAUUGCCCUAUUAGAAAAAUUCACUGAACUACUGGAGAAGAAUAAUCCCCAUGGGGAAACUUUGGAAACAAUAACAACAGCAACUAUAUGCCUCUUUAAUGCUCAGCCUCAGCUAGCAGACCAGGUCCCUCCACUGGGUCAUCUUCCCAAGAUUCUCCAAGCUAUGAAUCAUAAGAAUAAUGCUAUUCCUAAAAGUGCUAUGCGAGUGAUACACAUACUAUCUGAUAAUGAGCUUUGCGUUCGUUCAAUGGCAGCGUUAGAGACCAUUGGCCCUAUGAUGAAUGGAAUGAAGAAACGUUCAGACACUGUUGGCAUAGCCUGUGAAGCACUUAAUCGAAUGUUUCAAAAGGAACGAAAUGAUCUAGUAGUCCAAGCCUUGAAAGCUGAUUUAGUACCCUAUCUCUUAAAAUUGCUUGAAGGUGUUGGCCUUGAGAAUCUGGAAAGCCCUUCAGCUACAAAAGCUCAAAUUGUUAAAGCACUGAAAUCAAUGACUCGUAGUUUACAAUAUGGAGAACAGGUGAAUGAAAUCCUGUCUCAAUCUUCUAUAUGGAGUGCCUUCAAAGAUCAGAAACAUGACUUGUUCAUAUCUGAAACUCAGACAGCAGGAUACCUCACAGGUCCUGGAGUUGCUGGCUAUCUUACUGCAGGGAGGCCUUCAUCUGUUAUGCCCAAUGUUCCACCUCCUGUAGAUCAUGAAGCUGGAGAUAUUGGCUAAAGGAUAUGAAUGGCCUAUACAAGGGACUCAAAGGCAAAGAUUUAUUGGCUUAAACCUUUAGAAUAAAUUUUGCCUGCCUUUCCCAGUUUCAAAACAGUGUUAUUCCCUUUUCUAUGAAUAUAUUUUUUUUUAGAAAAUUUACAAUUCUACUGCAUUGUAUCAUAAAAGAGUACUUUGUGGAUCAGCCUAAAAGAGUACACAAGAUUUUUUUUCUUGCUGUACAUAAGCACAUUUAUUUCUUUAUAUUUUUGUUUACAAGACUGUGAAUCAAAACAAUUUUCCUAGUAUUUUGUAUUAUAUGAACUAGCAUGACUGAAGUUGAACUGCAGUCUCAAAGAAUUGGCUAAAUCAUUUGAUCCUCCCAAAUUGCACUAGAAGUUUCUUUCUUCAAUGCUUCAAGUUGGACUCGAUCAUCCUCUGAGAACUUGACUGGCUUGGUGUUGUUUGUCUACAUCCCCAAUCACUACCAUAAAUAAGAUCCUUGUGUGUUAACUGGCUUUACCAAAUCAAAAAACUAAAAUACAGCAAAAUGAUAUUUAAAAAUUACAUGGUAUAUAAAAGCAUUGUGUAAUUGUGAUAUGUUCUAUACAUUAUUCAGUAUAUAAAACUUUCUAUAUUGAAUGUACAUUAUUCAAAUCAUUCAUAUGUACAUAAAAUUUAAAAGAAUAAAGGGAACUGAAAGCCUUGUUGAAACAAA